AUGGCUUUAUUGUUUACGACAGUACCGUUAUGAAAAUUUAGAAUUUCUGAUAAGAAAGGCAAUAAAUAAAUAUGCAAGCAACAAUCUUGGAGGAAACAUUUUGUAAGCUGUGCCUAAAUACUACAAGGGAUUCAAAUUGCCGGGUGAUAGAAGAAGUCAUAAGGGAUGUUCUAAAAAUUGUUUUGCCGCAUGUGAAUUUGGAGGAGAAUGUUACACAUUUCAUCUGUACAACAUGUUCCGUAAAAUUAUUGGCAGCUUUUAAUUUUAAGUCGGUAUGUAUGGAUACGGAGGAUUUCAUUUUUCCUCACAUUAACGCCAGUGAAAUGUCAGUGAUUGAUUUAAAGGAAAUUUAUUUAAAAGAGAAGGGAAAUAUUCAGUUAAUCGACGUAUCGGAAGAUUGGACAAUCUGUCGAUUAUGUUUUCAGCCGGUAACUUACGAAUUUGUGGCAUUAAAUGAAGUGGAUAUUGACAUAAUCGAUACAUAUAUACCACAGGUUACUAUCAGUGCUACCAGGGAUCCUGUUAUAUGUAGGGCCUGCUUUGAUUCGCUUCGUACCCAUGGCAGUUUUUUAAAGAACUGCCUUGAUGCACAGGAACGAUAUACAAGCGAUGAUAAACAGUCUUACAUUAAAUCUGAAGAAAUUGAAAUCAAACUGGAAGAUCCGCAGGACUGCGACACGCUACCCCAGACCAUCGAUAAUAAACCAUUGGAGAAGAGUGACUGUAAAGAUACAGCAGAGGAGGGAUGUAAAGCUGCGAAUAGAGUAAAGAAAAAGAGAAUUUACAUCAAACAUCAGUUGGUACAUAAAGAUCCUUCUCAGGCCCAAAUGUACAAAUGUAACGACUGCGACUACAAAACUAAAUACAAAAGUGGUAUCAAAAAGCACCAAUUGAAGCAUAAAGAUGCUUCGCAGAUUCAAAGGUACAAGUGUAAUGACUGCGAUUAUGAAACUAAAUACAAGUAUGCUAUUAAACAGCAUCAACUGAAACAUAAAGAUAUUGAAAACUACAGUUGUACUGACUGUGAUUUCAGAACUAAAUACAAGAAUAAUAUCAAAUCACAUCAACUGACACAUAAAGAUCCUUUACAGAUUCAAAUGUACAAGUGUAACGACUGUGAUUACAAAACUAAAUACAAGAAACACAUCAAUCGGCACCAACUGACUCAUAAAGAUCCCUUUCAGAUUCAAAUGUACAAGUGUAACGACUGUGAUUACAAAACUAAAUACAAGAGACACAUCAAUCGGCACCAACUGACUCAUAAAGAUCCCUUUCAGAUUCAAAUGUACAAGUGUAACGACUGUGAUUACAAAACUAAAUACAAGAGUCAUCUCAGUCAGCACCAAUUGAAGCAUAAAGAUGUUUCGCAGAUUCAAAUGUACAGGUGUAACGACUGCGAUUUCAGAACUAAAUACAAGAAUAAUAUCAAACAUCAUCAACUGAAACAUAAAGAUCCUUUGCAGAUUCAAAUGUACAAGUGUAACGACUGUGAUUACAGAACUAAAUACAAGAAUUAUAUCACUCAGCACCAAUUGAAGCAUAAAGAUGUUUCACAGAUUCAAAUGUACAGGUGUAAUGACUGUGAUUACGAAACUAUAUACAAAAUUUAUAUCAAAAGGUCUAAACAUACAGAUGUAUUGAUUGCGAUGAACCCAAAUAAAGGAACUGUAUCAUGUGUCGAAGCAUACAGAGACUUUUGA